CGGCGCAGGCACCGGUGCAGGCCAUGGCUGCGGGUUCUCUCUGGUGCGUGCUGGCCGCCCGGCUGCUCCGGCCCGCGCAGAGCCGCCACCUCCGCCAUCGCCCCUUCCACCUCGCGGCAGUUCCAAAUGAAGCUGUGGUCAUUUCUGGGACGAAGCUGGCCCAGCAGAUCAAGCAGGAAGUGUGGCAGGAGGUGGAAGAGUGGGUGGCCUCGGGCAACAAGCGGCCACACCUGAGCGUGGUCCUGGUGGGCGAGAAUCCUGCCAGCCACUCCUACGUCCUCAACAAAACCAGGGCAGCUGCCGACGUGGGAAUCAACAGCGAGACAAUUGUGAAGCCAGCUUCAAUCUCAGAGGAAGAACUGUUGAACUUAAUCAACAAGCUCCAUAACGACGACAAUGUAGACUGCCUCCUGGUUCAGCUGCCUCUCCCAGAGCACAUCGACGAGAGGAAGGUCUGUAACGCCGUGUCCCCCGACAAGGACGUGGAUGGCUUCCAUGUGAUCAACGUAGGGCGCAUGUGUCUGGACAUGUUACCUGCCACCCCCUGGGGAGUGUGGGAAAUAAUUAAGCGAACGGGCAUCCCAACCCUGGGGAAGAAUGUGGUCGUGGCUGGAAGGUCGAAAAACGUGGGCAUGCCCAUUGCAAUGCUGCUGCACACCGACGGGGCACACGAACGGCCUGGCGGCGAUGCCACUGUUACAAUAUCUCACCGGUACACUCCCUAAGAGCAGCUGAAGAAGCACACCAUUCGUGCAGAUAUUGUCGUAUCUGCUGCAGGCAUCCCGAACCUCAUCACCGCAGAUAUGAUUAAGGAGGGAGCAGCAGUGAUUGACGUGGGAAUAAACAGAGUUCAAGACCCCGUAACCGCAAAGCCCAAGUUAGUUGGAGAUGUGGAUUUUGAAGGCGUCAAGAAGAAAGCCAGUUACAUCACCCCAGUCCCUGGGGGUGUUGGUCCCAUGACUGUGGCCAUGCUAAUGAAGAACAUCAUUAUUGCUGCAAAAAAAGUACUGAGGUCUGCAGAGCAGGAAGUGCUGAAGUCUAAAGAGCGGGGAGUGGCCACCAAUUAACUGUUGAACCUGCGCGCUGGUCGAAGCACUCCAAGCCAACUCAGGAAGCAAGCAGGCCAGCAGAAAAUGCAAUGUUUUUAUUUAUUCUCCCGAGAUGGUUUAAAAUGAUGCUGUGUAUUUAUUCAAGGCUCAAGUGGGUGGAUGUUUGCGCGUAUGGCUCUACAGAACCUCACCGGGGAGCAUUCCAGUGUCCCGCUGGGUCGUGUGCUCCAGCCCAGAGAACCCAGUGACCU